AUGAGAGCACAAAGAACUUGGUAUAAAGCACAAAUUACAUUCAAAGAUAAAGAAUCCAUGGAACCAAAUCCUGAGGUUGAUGAUUCUGAUAAAGAGGAAAAAGUGGAAAUGAUGGUUAUUUCUGAUAAAGAGGCAUUAAAUAGUAUCGUUUAG